CCCGAAACAGUAGAUAAAUAAACAGCAUUUGAUUCUCGCUAAGGAGUUCGCAUAUUGCUGCAGCCCAAAUUCUGACUUGAGAGACGGCAUUCUCAAACCGUUGACCCACCUUGUGUUUGCCUCCAAUUGCUCAAAUUGUCUUGCUACUAUUGCGACAAUGGCAUCUUGGGAUGCUGGAACAGACCGGCAGCGGAGGCGAGAGACGGAGCGCAAGACGCGAGCACAAGAGGUGUGGCGGAGAGCAGGCACGGCGCGGUCCAGGGAACUGAAGGCAACAGGCUCGUACCCAGCGGCGGUUGGGCAGCCAGAGCCUGUGGGGCGUGAGCUUCGGCCAUCGGAGGCUGCGCGACCUCUGGCGCUGCACACCAACUCCUACACCUUUGUAUUUUCCCGACUAUCUCACCACACACACCGGACGCAGCUGCAACGGGCGUACUGUGAGGGGCUACACGGCGCACCGCCUGCCGAGCCCAACGCCGCCUUCUACACAGAGCUAGACGAGCGGCUGCGGCUGCAGCACCACACGCUGGCGGCGGUACACGAUAAGAGCGUGGAGGAGUCUAUAGCGGCGGUGGCAGCGGGGGCGGCAGCGGCGGGCGAUGUUAGCGGUGUGCCGGACACGGUGGCGAUGCGCAAGGCGGUCAAUGGCAGCCUGACCGACCAGAUGGCGUUCUUCACCUCCUGCAUGGCCCGCUACUGCCUCCCCGCGCCCGGCAGUAGCAGCAGCUGCAGCUGCGGGGCCGGCUGCGGCUGCAGCUGCAGAACCGCCCACCAGGCGCUCGCAGCUGCAGCCGCGGCCGGGCGGUACUGAGCGCGCGGGAGGGCCUGGAGCACUGGGCGGCGGUAGCCCGGUCGGUGCUGAAAUAACAACCACAUGUGAAUACGGUACGAUACCGGUGAUGUAUUUCGUGCGACCGCCUGGUCUAGGAGAGGAAGCGUGUUUCUGCAGCGGGUGAUCCCGACGUUGUGAUGCGGGUCGAGGAGUACGGUACAAGACUUCGCGGAAUGCAGUGCCUUCGCGCGUACCGUACACGAGGGGCUGAGGUUGAUUGUCGAAAACAGAAGAAGUCCGCAUGUGUGCAGGAGGUGAAGAGGGCGUUCACGCGCUUUGGUGGGUGGGAUGCAGGUGAGCCACCCCUAGUGGGAGGUCCACUGCUUGCGCGCUGCCCAAUCGCUGCGCUCAGCGUCUGCAUUUCUCCACCUUUUGAUGCUAGUGCUGUUCGGCUGUUUGCAACGACCCUGUACCGGUACUCCCAGCGGGUCCGCAGGCCGGGUGAGUGAGUUGCCUUGCCUCCCUGGUUACCGUAGGUGUUGAGUGCGGGGGAGUCGCAUUGCUAGGGUGUGGUGACGUGGUCCUCUGGGAGCACUGUGCUAUGCGGUGUUGCAAGCAUGUUAAAGAGCCCCAUAGGUAGGUGCUGAUGGCGUCCACUUUGCGGGUGUUGUUACCAUGUAGAGUGAGCAAAUGCCACGACCAAGCUAAGACGCUCGUGUAACACGCAUGAUGCAAUGCCACGUUGGCGCAUCAUGCAGCUUAGUUUCAAAUUUUCAAUGCUGGCACACGGCAAUCAAGAUGCUCGUUUUGAGGCUGUCUGAGGCACUCGAGAUGGCCGUUAUGCGGCUGAUCCAGCUGAUAGAAUGAAGGCCCCUUGUUACCGUACCUUAAGGAGAUCACCGCGCAUGUAAUUAAUUAAAAUU